AUGGGAGAUGAUGGUCUGCCAGGUUUAUCGGGAUCAAAGGGUGCUAAAGGAGAAUCAAGCCUUGGAGGAGCUGGAAUAAAAGGCCUGCCUGGCAAUAACGGAUUUGAUGGAUUUGAUGGUGUCAAGGGUGCAAAGGGUGAAGCUGGUAAACAUGGACAUUCCGGAAUUAAAGGAGAUGUUGGAGAUUUUGGCUUCCCUGGCAGACCUGGUGCUCAAGGUAGACUUGGACAAAAAGGAAAAACUGGUGCAGAUGGCUUACCUGGACCUCAAGGUUCAGUUGGUUCGCCAGGACUACCCGGAGAUGAAGGAUCCAUUGGAGAAUCAGGAAAACGAGGAUUCAGAGGAGAGCCUGGUGUUUCAGGACCAAGAGGUCCAGUUGGAGAAAUUGGCUCUAAAGGGCUUCCUGGACUUUAUGGAUUUCCUGGCAUACCUGGUAUCCCUGGUGACCCUGGCAUACCUGGAGCCAUUGGAAAAAAAGGUCGUUCUGGACAUCCAGGUACAGAAGGCCAAGAUGGCCGUCCUGGUCGCAGUGGUAUCCCUGGCAUUGCUGGUGAUCCUGGUACACCUGGUAGUUCUGCCACAGGACCAGGUAUUGUCUUCACGAGACACAGCCAAGACUCUGUGGUUCCCAACUGCCCUCAUGGCACCUCCAGACUAUGGGAAGGCUACUCUCUUCUCUAUGUCAUGGGCAACGGUCGAGCUCAGGGUCAAGAUUUAG